AUGGGAGAUCGAGGUAAAAGUGGAUUAUUUGCUGUACUUCCUCUGCCAAUUCAUGCCACCAUCAAAGAGAAGAACAGAGCCUUAAUUCCUCAUACACUAACAAAGAAGCCAGCUCCACAAGCUUUCAAUGUAAUGUCGAGCUCGCACCCAAAGGAGGCUGUUGGUCCCCCCAAACCAGAAAAACAUGACAGUGAUAGUGAGGGGGAGGACCAACCUUCCAGUUUUUUUUCUCUGAGUUCCGAGGACAUUAAAAAACCCUUUGUGUCUGGAUUUUUAAUGAAGAAAAUGUCCCUUCCUCCUCCAGUUUCAGCUAAUGAUAAUCAAAGUCAGAGCUUUAUUUCUAGGACCACAUGUCCUGCAGUUAAUAUGACAUUAAACACUGGAGAACCUUCAUUGUUCAGCGAGACUGCUGAUUUCCAAAAUGCUCCCAUGAUGUUCAAAGAAUCUGCCCAAGAUGGGUUUCAUUCUCCUUUUUCUGGAUCAACUUCUAUAGACACUCCUACUACAAAACAGUUCGAGAGACAAAGUGCUCCAACAAUUCUGCCUGGGAAUAAGGAGGAGUUCCAGAAGUUGUUUCAAAGUAAUGAGUUCCUUAGAAUACAAGGCAAAAAACAGAGAGGAAAGGAAAUCAUAAAUAUUGUGGAUGUCAAUGCAAGGGAUUUUAUCAGCACUGUAGAUGUCACUAAGUCUUUGACAGAGGAACAGCCAGCUCAAUUGUCUCACAAGAAAGGUGAAGGGCCAACAUCUAAUCAGAAACGAAAACACCAGAUAACUUACUUAGCACAUCAGGCCAAGGAGCGGGAGAUAGAAUUGAAGAAUGAAUGGUCUCAAAACAGACUGACAAGAAAACAGACUCAAGCCAAGUAUGGAUUUUGAGGAGAAAAUAUUGGGAAUCAUCAGUUUCUUUCCUGUUCUAAUGUGUAGAAAUGUAUUUGUUUAGAAACUAUAUUUGAUGACAUUCAUGCACAGUGAAACUCAUCUUAUAAGAAGAAAAGCUGGCCAGUUGAGACAAUAUUUCCUUUGGACAAAAUUUUAAACAAAUAAUUUUACCAUAAAAAGAUGAGUGUACUUGUAAUAACAUCAAUUAAAAUCAUAAAUAUUA